AUGUCCUUGGAGAACAAAUUACCAACCCCAUUGGAAAACAACGACGGUAAGGCCCAUGCGGUCUGUAUCCUGAACAAGACCACGGAUCGCGGAAGAGCUGCAGAAACCUUGGCUAUUGCCUUUAAGAACUCGCCAGCAUUUCAUUUUAUCUCAAAAAAGAUUUUAAAUAUUCCUUUAACUGAGGAGGUGCCCACAGGGACCAUUAUCACCAAUAUUAUAUUGCCCUUUCUGGAUUCACCUUACGGUGAGGUCUCCGAAGUUAACAAUUUUGACGCUGUCGCAGUGUGGAGUCUUCCACCUCACGUUCCGAAGGCAAGGAGUAAUGAUGUUAAGUUCAACAAGGACUUCAUCGACGAUUUAAAUAGACGUAUAAAGCAAGUCAUUCCAAAAAGCAUCAAUUACUAUUAUCUUUUCUGUAUCGGUAAGAACUUAAAUGAAAAAGGCAUCAGGGGUUCUGUGAGGAAGAUUUUUGAAGAGUACAAGAGGAGGGCUGACGAAGAAAAUUGCGCCAUUGUCCUUGAAGCUAUUGCUGAGCAUGCAAGAUCUGUGUAUGAAUACUUUGGGUUUAGAAAUUACAAGACUUUCAAAUACGGUGAGGGUGAGGUCGACUCUAAUGGAAAUUGUGAUUCAAAUGGUGAAGGGUUCACCGGCUAUUUAAUGAUCUAUCAUAAGGACGGCAACAACGUCUUAAAGGAAUAG